GUAUCAUGACAGAAAUGUAAUUCAUGAUUAAUUAAUCCUGUUAAGUAAAUGAAAUAUAGCACAUGCAUGUUGAAAGAAAAAUGUAGACAAAUAUAUUAAAGUCGAUAAAUAUAUAGAAAAAAGGGAGUGGUCAGGUCAGUCUCGGUGCAUGUUAACUCUAUGCACGUUCUCUCAUCUUCGUCUCUUUCCACACUUACACUAACUCUCUCUCUCUCUCUCUCUCUCUCUCUCUAUAUUAAACCUCUGAACCAGUGACCACAUACUCAGUGAGCGAGUUAACAAUGGACGUAUACGGCAUGUCAUCACCGGACUUGCUUCGUAUCGACGACCUUCUCGAUUUCUCAAACGACGAAAUCUUCUCUUCCUCCACUUCCUCCACCGUCACUUCCUCCGCCGCUUCCUCCGCCGGAUCUUCCUCUUUCCCAUCUGAGAACCCUUUCAACUUCCCUUCUUCCGCCUACACUUCUCCUCCUCUCCUCACCGAUUUCACUCACGAUCUCUGCGUUCCCAGUGACGACGCAGCUCAUCUCGAAUGGUUAUCACGAUUCGUUGACGAUUCAUUCUCCGAUUUCCCAGCGAAUCCUUUAACCAUGACCGUUAGACCUGAGAUUUCAUUCACCGGAAAACCUAGAAGUCGCCGAUCAAGAGCGCCAGCACCUUCCGUAGCUGGAACUUGGGCUCCGAUGCCUGAAUCCGAGCUUUGUCACUCUGUCGCUAAACCUAAACCGAAGAAAGUAUACAACGCCGAAUCAAUUACGGCGGAUGUAGGAGGAGGAGCGAGGCGGUGCACGCACUGCGCGUCGGAGAAAACGCCACAGUGGAGAACUGGACCGCUUGGACCUAAAACGCUUUGUAACGCUUGUGGAGUUCGUUACAAAUCAGGAAGGCUUGUACCGGAAUACAGACCGGCUUCGAGUCCGACGUUUGUGUUGACUCAGCAUUCGAACUCUCACCGGAAAGUUAUGGAGCUCCGGCGACAGAAGGAACAACAAGAAUCUUGCGUUCGAAUUCCGCCGUUUCAGCCGCAGUAAAUUUGGGGGUUUUCUUUUCAAGGGUUUUUGUUAUUUGGUGACGUGUCGUAAUCCUAACGGUGAUGAUCACGUGACCGACGGGAGGGGUUAAGGACUUAAUUAUCAGUAUUAGUUUUAUAAAUUGGAACUUUGCUAAUCACGUCAUUAAUUUGUUGGUAAUUUCAUUUGAUUUUGUUUUUUUUUUUUGGUUUCACGGCUUUCCUUAAAAGUUAUAUCAUUAAAUGAUUUUAUUGGCGGCAUUUAA